CGUCGCCUCCCGUCUGCCUCAGCACUGUUGGCAUUUCGUCCCACUCAUUCUCUCUCAUUCUCUGUGGAGAGCGAAGAUGGCGAAUCGAAGUAGCUCCCGCGCGCCUAACAUUAUCGUCCCUUUCGUGCUCUUCUCGCUGAUCGCUAUCGCCUGCGCAGAGGUCUUCUUCGAAGAGCGCUUCGAUGAUGGAUGGGAGAAGCGUUGGGUUAAAUCCGACUGGAAGAAAGAUGAAAAUGUGGCAGGAGAGUGGAACUACACUUCCGGUAAAUGGAAUGGGGACCCUAACGACAAAGGUAUCCAGACAAGUGAAGACUACAGGUUCUAUGCUAUAUCAGCUGAAUUCCCUGAAUUCAGCAACAAAGACAAGGCAUUAGUCUUCCAAUUUUCAGUUAAGCACGAACAGAAACUUGACUGCGGCGGUGGCUAUAUGAAGCUGCUUAAUGGUGAAGUUGAUCAAAAGAAAUUCGGCGGUGACACACCAUAUAGUAUUAUGUUUGGACCUGAUAUUUGCGGCUACAGUACAAAGAAAGUUCAUGCUAUUCUCAAUUAUAAUGGAACCAACCACCUGCUCAAGAAGGACGUCCCCUGUGAGACUGAUCAGCUGACCCAUGUCUAUACUUUUAUCCUCCGUCCUGAUGCUACCUACAGUAUCCUCAUCGACAAUGAUGAAAAGAAAAGUGGUAGCUUGUACUCUGACUGGGACCUUCUUCCACCAAAGAAGAUCAAGGAUCCUGAAGCUAAGAAACCUGAAGACUGGGAUGACAAGGAGUAUAUUCCCGAUCCCGAAGACAAGAAGCCAGAGGGUUACGAUGAUAUCCCCGAGGAGAUCCCGGAUCCUGAUGCUAAGAAGCCUGAAGACUGGGAUGAUGAGGAAGAUGGUGAAUGGACAGCCCCAACUAUUCCCAACCCCGAGUACAAGGGCCCAUGGAAGCCAAAGAAAAUUAAGAACCCUAACUACCAAGGGAAGUGGAAGGCACCCAUGAUUGACAACCCAGACUUCAAGGAUGAUCCGGAGUUGUAUGUCUACCCCAACUUGAAGUACGUCGGUGUUGAGCUGUGGCAGGUGAAAUCUGGCACAUUGUUCGACAAUGUCUUGGUUUGCGAUGAUGUGGAGUAUGCGAAGAAGCUUGCUGAGGAAACAUGGGGCAAGAACAAGGAUGCUGAGAAGGCAGCAUUUGAAGAGGCAGAGAAGAAGAGAGAGGAAGAGGAAGCAAAGGCGGACCCAGUUGAUUCGGAUGCUGAGGAUGAAGAGGAUGAUGAUGCUGAUGAUGCCGACGAUGCAGAUGCUGAAGUCAAGAAGGACGACACUGCCGAGAUCGAGACCGAGACCGAGAGUGACGAUGUAAAGGAUGAGCUGUAGAGGGAAGGGAGCCCCAUUCUCUGUGAUUCCUUUUUUUUUUUUUUUUCCCUUUUCUCUUUGUUCUUAGUAUUAGGACUUCGCUAUCUCGGAGGGAAGGAACGUUGAGGCUGCAAUUUGCAUAACUGCGCACUGUCAUGGUGCCCAUCUGACUAUUGAGCCCUUUAGAAAGAAAGUAGAUGUCAUGCAAAAAAUUUUUGAUGAGAUAAAUUUGCUGUCUUGUCUCCGAUAUAACGUUUUGGCAAGCUCAGUGAGAUAAUAUGGUCAUUUGCCUGGCAGUUUCUUUCUCCUA